AUGACUAUCGCUCGCACAAAUACCCCAGGGAAAUCGGUCCCUGGAAAGACAACCCCGGGAAUAGCGGCACCCGCGUCCACGCCUGCUUCCGCGUUUCCGCGCGCGGCGUUCGGACCGUGCUCACACCUCACGCAGGUUCUCGGCACCGCAACGGUGCGCACGCAGUUUCUUAAACAGUAUGCGCUUGGCGUGCGAGUCGCAAGGUUUGUUACGCGUGGUGCAGAUGCGACCACUCUGGACCACGCACUCCAGGCCGCGCGCGCGGCGACGCUCAAGUGUCACGAGUGCGCACUGGCCACGACACUCCUCUUUCUCUGUCUCCAGUGCUCCUACAUCGGUUGUGCCGCACACUUCCCCCGCCACACAGACACUUCGGGGCACGUGUUUGCGGUGGACAUCCUGACGGGGUUUCUCAAGUGCUUCAAGUGCGGCGACUUCAUCGGCGCGCACGACCUCGACGCAAACGCCCAUGACGACACUAACUGGAUUGUGGAGCACUCACGCCUACCAUCCUAUAAGGCCACCACGGGUCUUCGUGGGAUGGUCAAUAUGGGUGCGACGUGCUUCAUCUCCUCGGUACUUCAGACCCUCAUCCAUAACCCUUACGUGCGCAACCACUUUCUUGCGGGCAGCCAUGCGGACUGCUGCGUGGAAAACUGCAUCACAUGCUGCGUGGAUGAAAUCUUUACCGAGUUUUAUUCCAAGUCUGAGGUCAACGGCUAUGGGCCUACGCGGUUGUUGACAGUUGCGUGGAAAACCAAGCGUGCGCUAGCGGGCUACAGCGAGCAGGACGCGCACGAGUUCUGGCAGUUCAUCGUGGAUGAAAUACACCGCGCACGUGUUCGUGACCACGCAAAAGGCGCGCACGGCGAGGUCUGCGAUUGCAUCACUCAUUCCACGUUCCGUGGUGAGCUCCAAAGCACCACCACGUGCGGGUCGUGUGGGGCGAGCACCGUGACGGUCGACCCCAUGCUCGACCUCUCACUCGAGAUUCCCGCAUCGCGUGCGCCCACACUUGCGUCGUGCCUUGAUAAGUUCACCGCGGAAGAGCAUUUGGAUGUCCAGUACCCGUGCUCGCGUUGCGGCGAACGCGCACGCGCGAUUUCAAAGCGGCUCCGCGUGCAGACGCUCCCGCGAGUGUUCGGCGUACAGCUCAAGCGCUUCGAGCACAACGGCGCGUCUACCAAAAUUGAAACCCAUGUCGCAUUUCCAUUGUUUGUUGACUUGGCACCGUACACGCUUGCGGGAGAGACCGCGACGUACGAGCUUUUCGCCCUUGUAGUUCAUAUCGGGAGUGUGCUGACGGGGCACUAUAUCAGUGUGAUCAAAAGCCAGGGCCAAUGGUUCCGAUUGGAUGAUUCGAUGGUGGCGUUGGUGACCGAGAAGGAGGUUUUGCUGAUGAAGGCGUAUUUGUUGUUCUAUGCUGUACACGUGGUAUAA